AUGACUUUAUUCACAGGCCAGCUCUACCCAAAGAGAGCGCUGGGAUUCCUACCGCUCGGUGCCUCCCUCCACUCUGUUCUCACACGCCUAAAGGCAGAACCAACGCGCUUCCCGCAGCUCGAGCUCCUCUAUUCCCGAGAACAGCCCGUCCACGAGCCCGUAACCGUUAACCUCCCCGCAAACGGCCUCCGUCUCCGCUUCGAUGGCGCCCAACAGCGCCUACGCCUCAUCGAAGUGAUCGAUUUCACUCGAAACCACAUCACCUUUAAUGAUCGUGACCUAGUCCGCCCAGGUUCAGCAGCCCCGGCUGCAGGCGAUGCUGGCGGACCGUCAUUUAAGCACAUCUACCACAAACUGUUGGGGCCGACCUAUGCAGGAGAAUACAUUCCGCCUAAUGGAGAAGACGGAUCGGAUACAGGUGUCUAUGUUCUAUCGUACCCCGGCGUCGCAUUCACGUUCAAACUGCCCGCGUCGAGAUAUUCUCCUGACAAAGAUGUGGUUUCCUUGCUAUCGGCCUCUCCCAACCAAACGGCAACCUCGAUGGCGGUCUUCGAUGGGCCGUCCUGGGCAGAAGCCCGGCAAACGCUGUGGACUGCGAUAUUACCGAGUAUCAAGUCCAACCCCGCAUUACCACGAACUAAAGACGUCUCGCCCGAUGAGAUAUCGUUGGUGAAGAUAUGGGGAGGAGGAAAGUUACAGCUCUUCCGGAAAUGGACCAACUCCUCGACCUGGAUUAGCCUUGGUGAAACCACACCCCAGGAACUCGUAAUCGAGCUCGGUCCCCCGGAUGCAAUUUACCGAAAGAAUGACAAGAGGAUGACGAUUCAUAAACUACGGCACGCGGUGGGCGGGGGAGACCCUGGCGAGACCGGCGGCCGACCAGAUGACCUCACGGAUACAGACCAGUCCUCCUUGAUGACCGGCUCCGAAGACACAAACGAUGAGGACGUAGUCGAGGAAGAAGCUUCCGGAAGUGUGUCCGGCGAGUGCUUCUACAAUUACUUCUACCAAGGCUUCGAUAUUCUCGUUUCUACGCCCGUCCCCCCAUCUAAACGUCCGCCCGGCGAACAAGGUAAAGGAAUCAUCCCGGAGAGUCACACCAAAAGCACGAACUCCGACCGGCUCGUCGCCACAAAACUCGUCCUCCACGGAAACAUCCCGGGCUCGUACGAAUUCAACCGCCACCGCCGCUGCCCUUGGGACAUUGCCUACCUCGAGGACGGGGCAAAUGAUACGCCCAGUCCCAACUCGGAGACGAAGUUCACCGAUAUCGAGGAGAGCCUCAACGAGCGAUGGAGACCUCUGUACCCCCCUGGUGAAGGCGAGAAUCACCAGCGGGGCAUGGUGCUGAACCGCGGAUGGGGGGAUAGUCCGGGGAGCAGCUGCGAGUUGCUCGGCGGCUGGGAGGACAGCAGCGCCACGGCCGCUGCCAACUUGCCCAAGGGUGCGGAUGGGAGCGACGAUUCGACCACGACGCUGUAUGGCUUUCCGGGGUUGGUGUUUGAGGUGCUUCGCAACGGAUACGUGAACACUGUUACUGUCUUUUAA